ACUGCUCUUCCUCGCGUAUCACGCCUGUUUCCUGGUCGUUGCUAACAACCUGCUGCCUGCAACUUCGCCAGUCCGCCGUCCCCUCAUGCAUUGGCGGGUUUCCAGCUGUAGUGUUGCUGAGACGUGUGUGAGGAUGAAGCCGCGUCGACACUGAGUGCGGUCUGACUCCCAGCUCCGUGCCGGCUGCAUGGUGCUCCGCGUCCCGCUCGCCUGCUUUCUGACGCUCGGGGCUGCGGUCCGGCCUCCAGACGCGGCUGCGAAUUCACUUCAGUUCUCAGCGUCGCCUUGCUCUGAAGUCAUGUUUAUUUCAUAAAGAUGGCGGUGAGGGGGACACUGUAAACUAAAUGACUGUCAGAAACAUCGCCUCCAUUUGUAAUAUGGGCACCAAUGCCUCUGCUCUGGAGAAAGACAUCGGCCCGGAGCAAUUUCCAAUCAAUGAACACUACUUUGGAUUGGUCAACUUUGGAAACACAUGUUACUGUAACUCAGUGCUCCAGGCUCUCUACUUCUGCCGGCCUUUCCGGGAGAACGUGCUGGCCUACAAAGCCCAGCAGAAGAAGAAGGAGAACCUGCUCACGUGCCUGGCUGACCUCUUCCACUCCAUUGCCACACAGAAGAAGAAAGUGGGCGUCAUCCCGCCUAAGAAGUUCAUCUCCCGCCUACGGAAAGAGAAUGAUCUGUUCGACAACUACAUGCAGCAGGAUGCCCACGAAUUCCUCAACUACCUGCUGAACACGGUGGCCGACAUCCUGCAGGAGGAGAAGAAGCAGGAAAAGCAGAAUGGACGCCUCAAGAACAAUGGCACCGCCAUCACCACGGAGACUGAGACGGAGAACAAGACAGAGCCCACAUGGGUUCACGAUAUUUUCCAAGGCACACUGACCAAUGAGACACGCUGCCUCAACUGUGAGACGGUGAGCAGCAAAGAUGAGGAUUUUCUGGAUCUUUCUGUGGAUGUGGAGCAGAACACAUCAAUAACACACUGCCUCAGGGACUUCAGCAACACAGAGACUUUGUGCAGCGAGUACAAAUACUACUGUGAGACGUGCUGCAGCAAGCAGGAAGCACAGAAACGGAUGCGUGUGAAGAAGCUUCCUAUGAUCCUGGCGCUACACCUGAAGAGGUUUAAGUACAUGGAGCAGUUGCACCGCUACACCAAGCUGUCCUAUAGAGUGGUUUUCCCCCUAGAACUCCGCCUGUUCAACACGUCUGGAGACGCAGUCAACCUGGAUCGCAUGUAUGAUCUAGUUGCAGUGGUGGUUCACUGUGGCAGUGGCCCAAAUAGAGGUCACUACAUCACCAUAGUGAAGAGUCAUGGCUUCUGGCUGCUGUUUGAUGAUGACAUUGUGGAGAAAAUUGACGCCCAGGCCAUCGAGGAGUUUUAUGGGCUUACCUCAGACAUCUCCAAGAACUCUGAGUCAGGAUACAUCCUUUUCUACCAGUCCAGGGAGUGACUGGAGCUCAAUCACUGACAGAGGCUUUGACUGAAUAGGAGAGACCUUUUUCUGUUUUUUUUUUAACCUUCAGCCUAACAGACCCCAGACCCCAGACCCCAGAUUCCUACCGUCUCCAUCCCAUCCUGCUCCAGUCCUCAACGCCAGUCCUUUCUGACGUAUGUGCCAAUCCUCUGCCAGUCCCAGUGUCCGCCACUGGGUUUACCUGUGCUUCAUCUCUCUCUGUGUAAUCUGCUUCUUGUCUUUUUGUCACCUGCAUCUGGACUGCACUUUAAAACGAAAGCAAAAAUGCUCUACAGCAUGACAGAAACAAAAUGGAGUCUACAUCCACACCGAGUCCCACAUGCCUGGUGUAGACUAGCGGGAGAAGCCUAUCGAAGUGAUUCUCUACCAGGAACAUGUCGAGAUGAAGGGUCUGGUGCACAUACAGACAAUUGUCAGAAAUGUCGUUUAUAUGUAUAUAAGGUUUUAUUCCCCCUCAAUAUUCCUUUCAUUAGGGCUGUUUACCCAUCACUGUCCAGUCGUUUGGAUGUGUUCUUAUCCCUGGUGGAUGCAUGAGAAGUGAAUGAAGUUGGAGAUAAACACUAUAUUAAUAUGAUGAGAGAUUUUGAAGCAAUAUCUGAGCAUUAAUUAUAGAACUCACAAGCUUAAAACUACCUAAACUAAGUAACUUGUUGACAGUAUAGGGGUUGUUUAGCUGUAGAGAAUCGCUCUAUGAGCUGCUUUCUGUCAAUGUGACAGCUCAUGUUAGUGUAACCAGACAUGAUCCAAUACUUUAACCUAAUCAAACUGAGCCACACGCUCUAACACUACACAUGAGAGGAGACCCUGCAGUUUUCUCUGCCAGAUGGAUCUCCAUUCAAAACUGAAUCUUUAUAAUUUUUUAUUCUGAUAGAAAACCCAUAUUUAUUGAACUCGACAUAUUUAUUACUGUUAUUUGUAAUACUGACUGGUAGAUAAUGAAAGUGAUUAUGUAACAUGGCUCUUUUGAGAGUUUUGUAGUUUGACUCUGAUGUCUGAGUUCUCAGUGUGAAGGACAUUGUAUAUGUAAUACACAGCUUCAUAAGACAGCUAAAAAAAAAAAGGGUUUUAUCAGUAUAAUUUUGUAGUAUGCAUGUUAAAUAAAAAAUAUAAGACAGAUUAACAUGAUGCAAGUGAGAGACAUCCCUUAACUGCCCAAUCUUUUGAUUGACAUGAAAAAAGUGAAAAUAGUGCAAUAAGAGGAGAAGUUAUCCAACGUGCAAUUUCCCAGUGAGACUAAUAUCUAGAAAGUUUAAAUGUUAGUAGUAGAUGUGUUUGUUUUUGGCUGAUCUUUUCCCAGUGCUGUGUGUUUGAUUGCUUGUGAUAUCAAAGUAAAUGCCCCCGUUUACCACGUGCAAUGUACACUACCUGCUGGGAUGUUAGCUACAAUGUUCAUCUUUCUUUUUUAUAACCAUUAAAAACAGGAUUGUCCUUUUUUUUUUUUUUUU